UAAAUAAAAAAUAAUAAACACAACUGACAAGUAUUUUAUUCCUUUUUUUUAAUUAAUUCUUUGUUUGAUAAAUUACUAGGAAAAAAAACUUUAAGUCUGAGAUCUAGAAAUUCUGAACAGUUUCUUCUGCUACACUGUUGUUUCAUACAGUCUGUACCUGCUUGGAAUGCUCUCUCCUUGUCUUUCCCCCCUCGCUCUCUCUCUCUCUCUUUCUCUCUCUCUCUCUCUCUCACACACACACACCACACACACAGACACUUAAAAGAUUUCUGUGCCUUGUUGUUUUUGUUCCUGCAUUGAGUCAAGACCGUCACCCGUACAGGACCGCCUGUUUCUGACUCCAAACUCAGACGACAGUUGGACUGAAGUUUUAGUUUUGCUGUUGUUUUAAUAUUUUAGCCAAAAUGUCAGGGGGCUCUGGAGUAACAGGCUCAUUUGCAACGACAGACUACGUGGUUUUUGCGAUGAUGCUGGUGGUCUCAGCAGCGGUCGGGGUCUACUACGCCUGGGCAGACAGGGGGCAGAGAAGCUCAGGGGACUUCCUCAUGGGGGGCCGCAGACUGACAGCCCUGCCCGUCUCUCUGUCCCUGACUGCCAGCUUCAUGUCAGCCAUCACCGUGCUUUCAAAUCCAGCCGAGGUUUACCGCUAUGGAGCCAUUAUUGUGUUUUAUGGUCUGUCCUACAUGAUGACCAUGGUGGUGACAUCAGAGGUCUUUCUCCCAGUCUUUUACAGACUUGGCGUCACCAGCACCUAUGAGUAUCUGGAGCUGCGUUUCAACAGAAUGACCCGGCUAAUGGGAACUGGGCUUUUCAUUGUACAAACGAUCCUCUACACCGGCAUCGUCAUCUACGCCCCUGCCCUGGCUUUAAACCAAGUAACCGGUAUGGACCUGUGGGGGGCAGUCAUUUCCACUGGUGUGGUGUGUACCUUCUACUGUACAAUGGGAGGUCUGAAGGCCGUGGUGUGGACCGAUGUUUUUCAGCUGGGCGUCAUGCUGGCAGGCUUCCUGUCCGUCAUCAUCAGGUCUGUGGUCCUCCAAGGUGGAGUCCUGCCCAUUCUCUUGGACUCACAGGAAGGUGGACGGCUUCAGAUAUGGGACUUUGACCCAAACCCUCUGAAAAGACACACGUUCUGGACCAUAACCGUCGGUGGGACGUUCGUCUGGGUCAGUAUCUACGGGAUAAACCAGGCCCAGGUCCAGAGAUACAUCUCCUGUCGGACCAUCAACCACGCCAGAGCAUCUCUGUACAUCAACCUGUUGGGCCUGUGGUCCGUCCUGCUCUGCUCUGUUUUUGCCGGAUUGUGCCUUUACUCGGUCUACAGGAGCUGCGACCCGUGGACGGCUGGUCUGGUUUCAGCUCCUGAUCAGUUGAUGCCAUAUUUGGUGAUGGACAUCUUGAAGGACUUUCCAGGACUUCCAGGACUAUUUGUGGCGGCGGCGUACAGCGGAUCUCUGAGCACAGUGUCGUCCAGCAUCAACGCCCUGGCGGCCGUGACCGUUGAAGACCUGAUCAAACCGCACGCUGACCUGUCAGAGAAACAGCUGAACCGGAUCUCCAAAGGACUCAGUCUGGUGUUCGGAGCCCUGUGCGUUGGAAUGGCGGCAUUGUCCUCACUGAUGGGAGGGAUCCUGCAGGCAGCCAUCAGUAUAUUUGGGAUCAUCGGCGGUCCUCUACUUGGUCUCUUCACGCUGGGAAUCCUUUGUCCUGUGGCCAACACUAGAGGGGCUCUGGCAGGUCUGGUGUCAGGGUUGGUCAUGUCCCUGUGGGUGGGCAUCGGAGCCCAGGUCUACCCCUCUCCUCCUGAGCUGACCCGGCCUCUGCCCCUGACCACAGAAGGCUGUAACUUCACCACCGCGAACCACCUCAACUGGACCGCCACGGCGCCACCAACACAACUGGACCACACUGCUGCGGCUGCAGGUCGCCACAACCACAGCAGGCCGGUGCUGGCAGAACACUGGUACUCCCUGUCCUACAUGUACUUCAGUCCAGUUGGAACCGUAGCAGCGGUCAGCGUGGGUCUGAUCGUCAGUCUUUUCACUGGAGGCUGCGGUCAGGAGGUGUCGUCAGAGCUGACCCUGAUGAAAGAAGACACGUCACUUUAUCACCUGUUCCAGUUCCUCUCACACAGAGUCACGUGGUGGACAGGUCGACGCGACCCGACAAUCGACAGAGCGGAGAAAACCGGCAACGCCAACCCGGCCUUCUACCACGUGGAGCUGGACUUGACCAAAACCACAGUUCCAUCCUGAUCCAAGGAAUCGAAGGAACCACAGUCCUGGAUCUGGAGGAGGAAUCGGUUUUUCUUUUUUUUUAUGUCAAACAUGAAGUAUUUUAUAGUGAAGACUGUUGAUGUCAGUGAUCAAAUCCAACAGUCAACAGUCUGGGGACAUUUUGUUCUUCAGUGAACAGGGAGCACAUUCCAAAAACAACAGUACCAGACACUCAGUACCAGACACUCAGUACCAGACACUUAGUACCAGACACAUAGUACCAGACACUCAGUACCAGACACUCAGUUCCAGACACUCAGUUCCAGACACUCAGUACCAGACACUCAGUUCCAGACACUCAGUUCCAGACACUCAGUUCCAGACGCUCGUUACGACCUCAGGUUUUAGCACCUUAGCUCUUCUGAUGUCUGUUGAUUAACUUUUGGCUUCUAAUAAAAAAAAAAAAGAUUGCGUUGUUGACACAGA